AUGGAAAGAGAUAAUGCUCCUGCUCAAGCCAUUGUCACCGUCAAUGGAACAAGAAAGGAUAUGCUCGAAGCAGCAGAAAGCGACAUGUCGAAGCUCCACGGACGCCACAAUCCCAAUCGAGCCUCUUCUUCGCCAGAUUUCGAAGUUCUAAGCGGCCCCAACCUCGAAAAAACGAGCUCGAGCUCGCAGAGACCGCCUCAGAGACACUCUUCACCGACGACUUCUGCCUGUAGCAACUUAUCGCAAUCGGACUGUUCCGAGCGCUUUGCCAACAUGACUCUCGAUCGCACUCAACUGACAGCCGAGAUUUAUGUUGUUCAGAUUUUAACGACGGUCGGAGCUGGCACUUUCGGCCGAGUAGAACUGGUCAAGCGCCGUGGAAGCUCGAAUUCGUACUACGCGCUCAAGAAAAUGCGCAUUCUUCAAGUGAUAAACCUCCGACAAGUCAGCCACGUUAUUUCAGAGCGUCAAAUCCUCAGUUCAAUUAGCUCUCCAUUUAUUGUGAAUUUGCUUUGGACAACGAGAGAUAAUAUUCACCUUUAUUUGCUUAUGGAAUAUAUUCCAGGAGGAGAGCUCUUCACUCAUUUACGAAACGAGGGUCGUUUUGACGAAAACAGAGCUCGCUUCUACGCCGCCGAAAUCGUAUGCGCCUUCACUUACCUCCACGCCGAGAACAUCGUCUACCGCGAUUUGAAGCCCGAGAAUGUCCUGAUCAAUGUAGAUGGGCACAUCAAACUGACAGAUUUUGGAUUUGCGAAGCGAAUUCGAGAUCGAACUUGGACGCUCUGUGGAACGCCUGAAUAUCUUUCGCCAGAAGUGAUUCUCAAUUCUGGCCACGGAAAAGCGGUCGACUGGUGGAGUCUUGGAAUCUUAAUUCAUGAAAUGCUAGUGGGCGAAGUUCCCUUUGGCGGGAAUCAUGUGUUCGAAGUCUACGAAAACAUCGUCCGCGGCGAGGUCAACUUCCCGUUUUAUUUGUCCGUCAACGCCACUCAAAUCAUAAGAGGCCUUUUAAAGCGAGAUCGAACAUACCGACUCGGGAAUAUGCGCGAAGGUGCAGCUGAUGUCAAGAAUCAUCAAUGGUUUUCAUCGAUAAACUGGGACGAUGUUUUGGAAAAGCGGCUGAUUCCACCGAUUAUACCUUACGUAAUGCACCCUGGCGAUCCUGCGAAUUUUGAAGAGUACGAUCCCGAAGAGGAAAUUCAGCCUCAUGAGAUUCUCAAUGAAGCCGAUGUCCAGGCGCAAUUUGGAGACUUCAAAUUUUGCUCGGAUCGACUUUUCUCCACUUCUCCCUGA